CUCAUUAAUAAUGUUCUACUUGUAAUGUUAACGCUUCAUUCCCAUGCAUUGAACUAGUUGUGACUUGUGAGGCACAUAACCAUGAGCACUAUGGAACACCACCCAUUGCUACUAGGGCUUGACUCAAACUCACACAUUGCAAAUUUGUCAUCAGAUGCUAUAGAAGAAUUCUUGGAACAUAGGCCUAUUGGGUUGAGAUGGUGGCUUAAACUUGUUGCUUGGGAGUCAAGGCUCCUAUGGAUCCUAUCUGGGGCUUCUAUUGUUGUGUAUCUUUUCAAUUUUAUGCUAAGCUUUGUGACAUUGAUGUUUAGUGGACAUUUGGGAUCUCUAGAGCUUGCUGGUGCAUCCAUAGCUAAUGUUGGAAUUCAGGGUCUUGCUUAUGGCAUUAUGUUGGGAAUGGCAAGUGCAGUUCAAACUGUGUGUGGACAAGCUUAUGGUGCCAAAAAACAUGCAGCAAUGUGCAUUACAUUGCAAAGAGCAAUCAUCUUACAUUUUGGUGCAGCAGUGUUUCUCACAUUUCUCUAUUGGUUCUCUGGGGAUUUUCUAAAAGCCAUAGGACAGACAGAGAGCAUAGCUGAGCAAGGCCAAGUGUUUGCUCGCGGACUUAUUCUUCAACUCUAUGCGUUCGCAUUGAGCUGUCCAAUGCAGAGGUUUCUCCAAGCACAGAACAUUGUUAAUCCUCUGGCAUAUAUGGCAGUUGGAGUAUUUCUUCUGCAUGUACUUCUUAGCUGGCUAGUUGUUUAUGUUUUAGGCUAUGGCCUUCUUGGUGCAGCCCUCACUCUAAGCUUUUCUUGGUGGAUUCUUGUCUUGUUAAAUGGAUUGUACAUCAUUCUUAGCCCAAGAUGCAAGGAAACUUGGACUGGCUUCACUAUGAAAGCCUUCAUAGGAAUUUGGCCUUACUUCAAGCUCACAGUUGCUUCUGCUGUGAUGUUAUGUUUGGAGAUAUGGUACAGUCAAGGACUAGUGCUUAUAUCAGGGCUGCUCUCCAAUCCAACAGUGGCACUGGAUUCUAUUUCCAUUUGCAUGAAUUACUUAAACUGGGAUAUGCAAGUUAUGUUGGGGCUUGGUGCAGCAGCCAGUGUGCGAAUUAGCAAUGAAUUAGGAGCAGCUCAUCCAAGAGUAGCAAAAUUUUCCGUCUUCAUAGUGAAUGGAAAUAGCAUCCUCAUUAGCGUAGUUCUCUCCGCUAUUAUUUUGAUAUUCCGGGUCGCUUUGAGCAACCUUUUCACUUCUGACUCUGAAGUCAUUGAAGCUGUAUCUGACUUGACUCCAUUGCUUGCCAUCUCUGUCCUAUUAAAUGGCAUUCAGCCUAUACUGUCAGGGGUUGCAAUUGGAAGUGGAUGGCAAGCUUUGGUUGCUUAUGUAAACUUAGCUUGUUACUAUGUUAUUGGUCUUACUGUUGGAUGUGUUCUUGGCUUUAAAACUUCUUUAGAAGUAGUUGGCAUCUGGUGGGGAAUGAUCCUUGGAGUUUUUAUCCAGACUGUUACAUUAAUAAUUCUAACUGCAAGAACAAAUUGGAAUGCAGAGGUUGAAAAAGCAAUUGUUCGUGUCAGGAGAUCUGCUGAAGAUGAGACCUUGGAUCAACUGGUUUCCAACGUAUAGGACAUUUAUUACUGUAACUUUUCUUUUCUAGGAAUGGAAGCAGAACACUUUUAGCAGCAGAUUAGUCUUGUUUUUGGACUAUAAGGGAUUGUUGUUGGGUUUGUUCUGUAUGUUCACAUAAUUUUAAGAAUCAAGCAAAGAAAGUCAAUUUUCUCUGUUAUAAGUGAGCUAAAUAAAACCAAAGCCAGAUGAAUCUAACUAAGGUUUGACUUU